UUCAGGUCGCGCUCCGUGCGUUUGUGCGCGUGUGUGUGUCUCCCUUCUCCAUCUCUCUCUCUUUCUUUCUUCUUUCGCGCAGAGAACGCCGAAGGGAAGGGACCAGCAUGUCGAAACUCGAACAGGAUCAACAGCCAGGUCCGUCUUCUCCGACGCCUUUGCACAACAGGCUCCACGGCGCCUUAGAAGCGCGCCGAAGAUCUCGAGGCGAAGCAGACGACGAGAGCGAAAUUGCCAGUGACUCGGAAUUAUUUGACGAGCUAGAGCGAGAGCUCGAGGAUGAAAGUGGUCAAGGAGGAGCAAUGGGUCGUAUACGAGAGGCAAGAUGGAAGGAGCUGAGGUCUCAAAUGGCCGAGAUUCAAGCUCAACGAGACGCCCCUCGUGGGUUGGGGAGAGUGACGGAACCGACGAGCGAAAAGGAGCUGAUUCAGCUUCUCGGAGACAAAGGAGGCGAACUCAAGGAGGGAGGUGUGCCAAUUGUAGUCCACUUCUACCACAAGGAGUUCAGGCGGUGUGAUAUUAUGGGACGGCAUCUCGAGAUGUUGGCCUCUCUUCAUCCCGGGACAAUGUUUGUCAAGAUGUCAGUACUUGAUUCGCCAUUUCUCGUAGAGAAGCUCGGUGUCAAGGUCCUUCCCGAGCUCGUCGUUUUUGGUCGCCGCGCCGAGGUGAAGGACCGGAUCACUGGCUUCGAAGAUCUAGGGAACAGCGACGGAUUCACCACAAAGACGCUUGAAUGGAGGCUUGCGCAGGGCGCCAUUAGGAUCAGCGAUGGCACAACGUCAAGGCCCAUCAUUGGAUUUGCUCAAAGUUCAACAGCCUCAAAAACAGACGACGACGACCUCGAUUGGGAAUGAAAAGAAGAUCGAAUCAACAAGUAGAGGUGAAGACCGACAUGCUGCAAUUUCACUUUCUGCUACAUCUUUGGAGGCGGUCGGCGGGUGUGCACAUGCAGUACCC